AUGUCCUGCACCGUCACGUCCGUCGCUUACGCCGCGAUAGCGUUGAUCGCCGUCUCGAUCGUUUUCAACGCACACACCGUGAAGGCACAAACUGAGAUACGGUGUUAUGUGUGCAAUAGUCAUAAUGACACAGAUUGUGCUCAAGAAAAACUUCCAGAUCAUUUUAAAACGGAAUGCUCAAAAUUAAAUAUAGGUGUUCCAGAGGAUAGUCGCAAAAAUUAUACCCUCUGCAGAAAGAUCAUACAAACAAUCGAGCCGGAGGUCAACGGAUUGCCGUCAGAUAGAAAUCGGAUCAUUAGGACAUGUGGCUGGGACGCUUCAAAUUACAAUAAUAAAUGUUACCAUCGAUCCGGAUUUGGUGGCAAGCAGGACGUGUGCACUUGUAUGACAGAUUAUUGUAACUCGGCUCAAAAGACAUACAUAGCGUUUGCAACUGUAGUGGCAGCAGCAUUCGCUAUCCUUAUUUUGUAG